AUGCUUAUUGUUAGCAAAGACCUGCAGAAGGGAAAGUUGUUAGAUUGCACUCCUAAAAGCCUAUCUGAAACUUCUCAUUUGGAGCCACCAUUUAAUAACCCGUUGCAAAAACCAGUUUGCAUUGGUGAUAUGGUAAUUUUUGAGAAUGUAGUUGAUGAAGAUUUGGCUAAACCAAUUCCAACUUUCUUUGUGAAUUCUUCUCUUAGUACUGAGAAUGCACCAUUGAUUUUCCUUCCUACCAAUUCUUCCUUUUCAGAUAUUAUCACUAAAAAUCAGGCCUUGGAAGAACAAGCAAGGAGUUUAGAAGGAAUUCUGUUGGCAGAGAAACGUAGUGAUAAAAAAGCAGGCAAAUCAAAGAAAAAGGAAACUCCAAUCUCGCCAGUUUGUUGUGGUGAAUGUACUAGUCUUAGAAAGGAAGUUAAACUCUUAAAGAAUGAGAACGCUGUGCUUAUAAAUCAGAUUAACAACUUAAAUAAAGAGGUAAACAAGAUGAAUAACAGAUAA